AUGGCGUCCAACGCCCCACGAUUCGGUACAGCCACAACGUCGACCCAGGGCGUCAACGUGAAGGACGGGCCAGAACUGCGGGAGAUCCAAACCAACGAACUGGGCUUUACCGCACUCAAUGGCGAGGCCAAAGUGCGACUUCUCCCGACACCAUGGCCGACAGAUGAUCUGCCCCCUUCUUCCUCCUCGCUUCUCGCGAUUGCAUCCGUCAAGGGUUUACUAGCAGCUGGUGGUCCGGACGCUCUCUAUCUCACUUCCACAUCCAAGGUUAGAGACGCCUUCCGUUCAUCGGAAUCAUCCGAGAACGACACCAUCCGACCUUUCACCCCAGAGAUCAAGAUAUCAGUACCGCGGCUUUCACACCUUGCCUUUUCUGCCGAUGAGAGUGUCUUGGUUAUAGCGACGGAAAAAGGAGGAGAGAUUCUAGCAUUUCAAGUCGAUAAGAUCCAACAAGGCCAGCUGGAACCCGCUGUACGGAUACCAACCAACGGACAGAGUUUGCGCGCAUUGGUCCCGAAUCCUGUUCCUGAAUCGGCGGAAUUCUUUGCCAUCAUCACAGGGAAUGGGGAUUUGAUGCUCCUGAAUCUAAAGGCAGGGAAUAUGGUCUCUGGGAGCAACGGCCCGGUGCUGAAGAGCGGAGCAAGCUGCCUUUCGUGGAGCAACAGAGGCAAACAACUCGUUGCUGGCAUGGCUGAUGGAACCGCGAUACAGAUGACGCCAGAUGGCACCAGUGUUGCGCAGAUUCCAAAGUCUACUUCAGUACCCUCUCAGGACCAUGUCUCUGGGAUCUCAUGGCUGGAGAAUGACACGUUCUUCAUCAUCUACACACCAAGUAGCACUGCCGAAGGGAUUCUGCCUUCCGAGUACUACAUCGUGCACCGGGAACCGAAAACCACGAAUUACACUUUCCAGAAACUACCCGAAGUUCUAUUACCUUUUGGCGUCGAACGACUACCAUCUUCGCAUUUCAUAUCAAGACUCAGAAGCUUUCCACCACACCUGCAAGAUUUGUUGAUUGUCACUGCUACCACCUCUACGGACGUUGGUCUCAUCUCGAAGACGGACAAGCCUUUGUCCAAGGAAGAUCCAAUUACUGCAGCAUUCACGUUCACCACGGUCGAAGAUGAUACGCGACGGGCCCAACUCCCGCUCUCGUCAGAAAUGCUGGAUACAUCUCCCAUUGGCAUGGCCCUCGACUUGUCAAGUACAGAGAAGGUCCCAAAUCCAAUCCCGGCGGAUGCGGAGAUCCUGGAGACUGAAGGGCCGGUGCCUGGCCUGGUGAUAUUGAACAACGAAGGAAUUUUGGUUGCGUGGUGGGUCAUAUACAACGACUCGGUCCGUGAAAAGACUACUUUUCCUGGUCUCGCAGCCGUGCGCGAUUUAAAGAAACCUGCUGCGCUACAAUCUCAGUCCCAAUCACCGUCGCCUGCGCCACCGAGCAGUACGUUCGGUCAGGCCAGCAGCGCCAGUCCUUUUGCGAAGCCUACAAUGACCGGUUUUGGGCCUGGCGCGGGGCAAUCUGCGUUUGGCGCCCCGAGUAGCAAACCUUUCGGUACUUCUUCUCCCAUUGCUGGUGACAAGCCCUCUUGGGCUACUGCUGGGUUCGGCUCUACAAACAGCGCGUCGGCAUCUGGUCCGGCCUUUGGCAAGCCUGCCUUCGGGUCAGCCACUCCUAUUGGCGGCGCACCGGCGCCAGCGUUUGGCUCAGCAAGUGCCCUGAGCAGUCGGCCUACACCUUUCGGGCAGCCGUCCACGAUAGGUGGGCAGCCUGCUUUCGGACAGCCAUCUUCGUUCGGAGCUGGCUCAACUUCCAGUCCGUUCGCUAAUGCUGCAGGCAGUUCUGGGAGUCCUGGUUUCGCUUCAUUCUCCAAAGGAGGUGGAUUUUCCUCAUUUGCAGGAGGCAAGACGGACCAGCCUACUCAGAGUCCAUUCGCCGCAAAGUCUGGGGACAGUAUCUUUGGACAGUCAUCUGGCAGCACUUUUGGCCAGGAGCAGUCUACUGCAUCUCCGUUUGGUUCAGUGAAGCCAACAGCUGGACAAAGCAUUUUUGGCAAUACUGGGUCGUUCAAACUAGGGUCGUCAUUCCAAGGUGACGGUAGCGCAAAGGAUGACCUCCCAGCCCCCAAAGAGCCCAGUGGUUUUGGUUUUGGUGGCGCUUUGGAGGAAAUCUUGAAUGAACCUCAGAAGACCUUAUCGCCGACCCACGAUAAAGAGGCUGAAAUGGACGAGGAGGAGGGCGAAGUUAGCGAAGUCGAGUCGGAUAACGCUCAGACCACAUCGGAUCAGAGGUUGUCGUCGCAGGAGGCACCCACGAUUCCGCAGACACUGGUCACUCCUCCUUCCACGCUCGCACAGUCGAAAGCCACUCCGGCGCCCUCAAUCUCCAAUUUAUUUGGUCAAGCUUCCACAACUCCACAGCCUCAAACAACUACACCCGGUUGGUCAUUCGGCGGCGUGGCUUCUACCACCCCCAAAGAAACCCCUGGUCCUGCGCACAUGGCACUGUUUGGUACCAAGACUGCCAAAGAUGAAACGCCUGCCGCCGUGGAGAAGAGUGAGCCUGCCAACACUUUUGGCACUACACCCGAGGCACCGAGAAUCAAGGAAGAGCCUCCUAGUGACGACGAGUCUGUUGACCUGAACAACAUUCCAGAGGCCCCCCUUCCUCCCGAUCCUGUCAGCAAGCCGCGGUACACGUCCGCGGAUACCCCGGUUUCCUCGGCUGCGUCCAAGUCUCCUCCGGACGACGCACCCUUCCCUCCAGACUUUGUAUCCAACAGCAACGCAAGCCAAAAUGAACAGCCGAUACAACAGCUCCCGAGCGAAGAUGAAGCUGAGGACGAAGAGCACGAGGAUGAUGAGGAAGACGAGGAAGACGACUUUAGCUCAGAUGUUGAAGACAGUGGCGAAGAAGUCACAGGCAAUAUCUCCCAGGAGGAGGAUGUCACAGAAGAGCAACACGAAGAACUGCAAACUUCUCCCGAAAGUUCCUUUAAGAGUGGUGAAAGAAGUACGGAGACGAGCCCAACAGGCGGCCUGUUCACGAAGAUCUCCUCGACCGCCAAUUCACAAAAGCCACCCCGACCCCUGUUCGGUGAAGUAGGCACCGGACCUGUUUUCGCGCCUCCCAAACCGCAUGAGAGCCCGCGAUCGCCAAGUCCAGUCAGAAAUGUUCCCCAGGCCGCAGAACGUCUCGGACUGGACGCCUCCAGGUCCGUCAGCGCUCCAGCUCAUCCCCGGUCCAUUGUCGAGCAACGAAAGGCGGAGUACCAAAAGUCCUCACUCGCCGUUCAGGCAGGCAAGACAAGGGAGGAAGAAGUGGCCAAAGAACAAGCUCGACGCGAGGCGGUCGCUCGGGAGAAAGCGCGGGCAGAAGCCGAGCAGCUUGCGCCACUCGAGGAUGACGAAGAUGAACUCCUGCGGCAGGAGCUUGAACGACCGGCCUCGCCUACUCAGACGCUGGACGACUUUAUCACUUAUCAGCCAAAGCCUGCGGAAGAGAGCAAGAAAAGUGGGAUACCGGCUCAGAUUGAAAGACUGUAUUCUGACAUCAAUUCAAUGGUGUACACCCUGGGGAUCAAUAGUCGCUCACUGUCGGCGUUUAUGCGAUAUCAACAACCGGAUGCAACCAAUCAAUCAUGGCCCUCAGUGCUCAAAUCCGAGACACCAAUGGAUGCCCUCAAUGAUGAGUGGUACUUGAGCGAUAUAACGCGGUUGCACGAAGGACAAGCUGCUCUUUCCGACCUGCUAGCCGAAAGUAACAUCGAUGACUUUGGAGGAAAGAUUCAACAAUGCCAGGCUCUGCUGGGACGUGAUCUGUUCGAGCUGAGGACCAAGCUGACGACCAUCCGGAAGACCAUCCAUGCUCUCUCGGCAAAGGACAGUGCCAUUGCAGCCCCUCUUUCGGCCGAGCAGUCGUCGAUCCAGCAUGAUCUGCGCAAGACUUUCACCUCGGUGCAGGCCAAGCUUGUGGAAGUUGAAGACGCCGUUUCCGUUCUGCGCGCCAAGAUCGCGCAGUCAACGCCAGCGGAUACGGCCAACCGACGCUCCAGCAUGCUUGGUAGAACACCGUCGCAGAAGAAGCCUACUGUGGAAGCGGUAACAAAGACGGUAUCAAAGAUGAUGUCGAUGGCAGAGCAAAAGAGUGCAGACAUCGAUGUUCUGGAGGCGCAACUCAAGCGGAUGGAUCUGUCUCUGGCGUCUUCAACCGUCAGUAACGGCCAUGCUUCGAACGGAGAGAGUGUCCUGGCAACUCCUCAUCGAUUUAGAAACUCGGUGAACGGCGGAACACCUGGCAGUGUGUACCAUACCCCCGAUUCCAAGUUUGGCAGCAGUACGCGAUCAAGGACGAGUUUCCGAGCCAGCCAAAACGGCGGCCUGGGUCUCCUGUCGAGCGAGGACAAGGAGCGAUGGCAAGCACAGGCACGUCGUCGCAAAGAAGCGGCAACUGUAUUGAAGGAGGUUCUGGAGGCGAAGCGCAAGAGCGCGGCAAACAAGAAGUGA